UUCCCUGUAAAACUGGGUUGACUGGGUGAAGGCCUUUCCAAAUCCAAUAAUCUGGCACCAGUUUUGUCACAAAGACUUCUACAGGCAAUAUUUAUUAUUAAAUGGUGUAAAUCUGUUCCGUUGCCAUGACCUUGAAGUUCCUCUCACAGGUGAGGUAGAAUUAAUGCAGUUUUGCAUGUGGGAGCUCUGUAAGGUGACAUCAGUAUUUUUAUCACACAGCUCCAUGCAUUGGGUACUGUUUUUGUUGAAAAUAUGACCUAGACGGCCUUUCAGUGCUCACCAGUCAAGCUUGAAUUUUCACAGUCUAGAGGUCUGUACGGUCACAGCGGUAUUUUCAUCACACUGUUCCAUGCAUUUAGUAAACACUUUGGGAAAAUAGGACUCGAUGGCCUUUCGGUCUUCGCUACUCAGAAUCACAUGUUUAAAUUGGCGAACAUGCAUGGACGCACGCUUAACCUGUCUGCAAUGGAGUAAAUAGUAACCUCUAGUGCUGGACAAAGUAUAUAAAUGUAGUAGGCUCCCUCUGGGGCUUAUUAUGGCCAUGUAUAAAGUCUCAGACGAAAAGCUUAUCAGUUUAUCAAAGGCGUUUACGUGAUAAUCAGAUUGUCAUGUCAUUUGUCAACAUAGCUGUGUCUGUUAGCCUCUAUCCCUGUCUAUCAGAUUGGCAUGCCAUCUUUUUUAGCAUAGCUGUGUCUGUCAGCCUGUAAAGCAAUUCAUCCAUCAGCCUAUAUCUGCAUCCAACAGAUUGGCAUGCCGUCUGUUAGCAAUGGCCGUGUGUCAGCCUGUAAAGCAAUUCAUCUGUCAGCCUAUAUCUCUUUCCGUCCGUUGGCAUAUCAUAUGUCAGCGUGGAUGUGUGUGAGUCAGCCUGUAAAGCAAUUCAUCCGUUGGCCUGUAUCUCUUUCCGUCCGUUGGCAUGUCAUAUGUCAGCAUGGAUCCGUGUGUGUCAGCCUGAAAUAUGGCCGAUAGUCCAGCAUACAGAUAUGUGCCAUCAAUCUGCAGAGAUUACAACACAAAAACCUGUACCCGCAAGGAUUGUACGAGGCCACAUUUGUGCUAUAAAUAUUUCCAUCCCAGCAGUUACUGUAAGAGUGGAAAAGAAUGCGACUAUAGCCAUAACAUCUUUAACCCCCAAGCUAAAAUGUGCUUACAAAAGGCAGGCUUUAACACAAAAGCUAAGCCUGGAGAUGUAAAAAAUGAGUAUGUCGCAGCCCUGAAGAUAAAAGAAUCAACAUCAGCCACAGAGGGUAAGAAAAUGUUCAAGAAUCCCAAUGUCCUGACAUUCUCCCCUCACAAUCAGUGGGGAAGACCACCAAGUCCGAUGGUUCCUCAGCUCUGUCAUAAUUACAACCAUGGCCUGUGUAACAACCAAGCUACAUGCCAUCUGCUUCACAUGUGCCAGGGAUAUGUGGAAGGCAAUUGUCCAAAAAGCCACCAGACCUGUGACUUUUCCCAUGACAUAUUUGAUCCUAUGGUCAAGGCAAGGCUGAAAGACUGUGGCAUGAAUGUUGACCAAAAACCUAAGAACGUGUUGAUGGAAUAUCGCAGACUACUGAGGGUGCCAACCAGGCCAGAAAGAGGACUUGAAGCCCAGAUAAGGGCUCUGUCCGCCAUGGAUGUGAGAGGUCCAAAAAAGCCCCUUUCAAAGCAACAUCGUCGACCACAGUCACAGGAACGUGACAAGCCCUCAAAUCCAAGGCAUGGCAGCUGGAGCAAGGUGGCAACUGAUUCAGAUAAUAGUGAUUCAUCUGUUUAUGAUGAAGGGCCUGAGGAGGAAUCUAAAGAAGCAAAAGUGCAAAAGAAAAAAAGAGGUAAACGAGGUCAGGGGAAAAAAAAGAAAGAGAAACAAGCUAGCAGUGGUGAAGCUGUUUCAGGAGAGGCUAUAGGAACAAGCAAACAGAAAGGCUCAUCAGCAAAAACUGCUUCCAAGGAAAGCCUGAGUCAACAGAAAUCUACUGCUAAGGUGGUGAAAAGAAGCCUACAUAUAAGCAUUUUCGAUGAGGCUGAUAUCUGCCUGUAUUUUCUCUCUGGAAAAUGUGCCUAUGGUGAAAGCUGUAAAAAUCACCACCAACUCUUACCCUAUGUAUGGCAGUACAGAACCCUCCAGCAAGGUAUGAAAUGGAACUUCUUCAGCAGGGAUAAUGUGCAGCUGUUGGAGCAGAGCUAUUGCAAUGUCAAGACUGAAGCUUGUUCUGUGAUUGUGGAAGGUCAGAUGUUUUCUGUAGACUUCAACACGAUGAACAUGAUUGCCAGAACUAGCGAUAUGAGUAUUCCUGUUCGUCGACUCUCCACAGACUCGUAUGUAAAUGAGAAUAAAGAUCAGCUGUUUGCCACGAAGUGGACGUGGUACUGGGAGAGUGAUGAAGGCUGGAUGCCAUGUGGUCAGAAGAAUAUACAUCAGAAUAAUCAAGUGAAGGAUGUGCAAACCAAGCUGGAGGAGGCUUAUCAGACAAAACCAACUGCAGAAUUGUCCAUCAAGAUCAGUGGCUUUCGUUACAUCGUUGAUUUCUCUAAUAUGAAACAGAAGAAUGUGCAGUCAAGCACGGAGAGGCGCUUACGACGACGUCCAACUUUUGUUUCCCCAGAAGAAGUAGAGAAUGCAGCCAGGCUGCAGGAAUUGGCUGCACAAAAGUUCAAGAGGGACUCGUCAGAAUCUGUGACCCUCCCCCGUGAGUGGAAACCUAUGGGUUUGAGCGAGGACAUGAAAACUGUGGACAUCCCACCCACGUCGCGUGACUAUGCCACCAUAAGGGAUAUAUUUCUGAUGUCCAUGCCAAACACCUCCAUCAUCCUGAUUAAGAGAGUACAGAACCGCUCUCUCUGGUUCAUGUUCCAGAUGAAAGCUGAUAAGCUCAAGCGUGAAUAUGGCCCUGGACUAACAAUUGAGAGAAGAUUAUUCCAUGGCACCAGCCCUGAAGCUGUCGACCCAAUCUGCGAACAAAACUUUGACUGGAGGCUGUAUGGCUCAGCUGUUGGGGCGCGUUAUGGAAAGGGAGCUUACUUCGCUGUGCAAGCCAGCAAAGCAGAUGGGUAUGUAAAGCCAGAUGAAGUUGGCCUCCGCUUCAUGUUUUAUGCACGAGUUCUGGUUGGUAAGACGACAAAGGGAGAUAAGAUGAUGAGACGCCCACCCAAGGUGGAUGAAGAGAACCCCAAUAAACUUUUCGACUCCUGCACUGAUGAUCCACAGAAUCCCAGCCUCUACGUACUGUUUGACAAGGAUCAGUACUACCCAGAGUUUAUUAUCUGCUACAAGGCCAGUGAAGGGUGAUGCAUGUGCCUGUGAAGUGUGCCCAGAUUGUGCAUGUACAUCUGGAAAACGCCCAGGCCAGUGAAGGAGUACUGGUGUAUCUGUAUAUUGGAAAGUCAUGUAACAUUUUAAGCAAACUUAUUAUAUACAGUAAACAAAGUAAUUCAACCCAAUCCUUAAAAAAAAAUUGUGAAAAGCCGACAGUUUUUAUUUGUAUUGGUCAUUAUUUGGCAAGAAAUGUUCUUUUCAUAGAUUUCCAUUACAGUAGUUCAUUUGUUUUGUCACGGAAACUUAUGAAAUGAUGGCUGUCCAUCUGUCUUUUAGUUCGGCACCUGUUACAUCUGUGUGCAACUAAAUGUACAUGUACACUUACCAACAAAAAGUUGUGAAAUUUGCUUUAUAAGUAUUAAAGCAGAUACAUCCUACCCGCAUGAGUCGUUUGCCUUUGCACAACAUUUUUGUGUUAGUUUAAUGCAAUUUCUGAACUCUGAUGAAUGCUUACCUAGUAUCUUCAUGUUGACACAAACUUAGUUUUAACGUUAAUUUACAUAUUUUAAGCUUCAGGAAUUUUAUAGUACCACAAAACUACCAACAAACCUCACACAGUUCACAGUAAAGCUUUUUCUUAUUUAAUCUUCUCUAUAUUUUCAAACAAGAACACAGUUAAAGUCUGAAAAAUCAAAGUGCAGAAACAUUUCAUGCUAAUAUCCAAUAUCUGCCAAUCAGAAUCAUGGCAGUGUGUAGUGUGCUGAUGUUAUGCAGGAUCUAACCAUAAUAGUGCUUUUUGUGGACAAGGUUGGGGCCAGCUGCUUUGAGAGAUGACUUUCACUGUUAUUGGUACGUUGCCCUACUUAUUGAUUUUUUAUCUGUGUGUGACAGUGAAACAUAGGUAAAAUUUCCAGUUUGUCUGAACACCAUCUUCAUGUUUGUGCAACCCACUUCAGGUUGAAAGUUUGGUCCUAGUUUAUGCAUUGGCAAGGAUUAUAUCAUAUGACCUUUAGAAUUUCAUCGUGGACCUCCGUGGCUCAGUUGGUUAGCAUGCUAGUGCAGCGUAAUGACCCAGGAGUCUCUCACCAAUGCGAUCACUGGGAGUUCAAGACCAGCUCAUGCUGGCUUCCUCUCCGGCCAAACGUGGGAAGGUCUGCCAGCAACCUACGGAUGAUCAUGGGUUUCCCUCGGGCUCUGCCCGGUUUCCACCCACCAUAAUGCUGGUCGCCAUUGUAUAAGCGAAAUAUUCUUGAUUACGACGUAAAACAACAAUCAAAUAAAUAAAUAAUAAAUAAAUAGAAUUUCAUCCACUGAAAAAGACGAAGGCCCCUAAUAUUUGAGAAGGCCCAUUUCAGAAUUAUCUCAUAGAAAAGCCUUGUGCACGGAUUUUUUCACAUUGAGAUACCUAAACCUGGUUAGGACAACUUCUCUGUGACUGAAUGAUGACAUGAUGAGUUGCUAGUGGCUCUCAUUUACAGCGGUAAGGUUCAAGGAAUGACAUGUACUGUCUAGGGUAUUGUAUUAAGUCGCCAGAGUUGUGUGCACAGUGCCCGAAAGUUGACAGAUGUGCCCAGAACUUUAUGGUGUCUUAGCGCUCAAACCCUGGUGCACGUCCCCAUAACUUUGUGGUAUUUUAGCACCCAAAUUCUGGUGCAUUUCCCAAGAUCCUUAAUUGAGUGGCCGCUAUAGAAGUAACACUCCCACUAGUGUAUUGUAUUACGUGCAUUCCUAAUGUGGUAAUCCAUUGUGUCUCUGAUGAAACAAGUUAACAUUGGCGUUGCCGCUUACUGUGAAUCAUUGAGAUUUUUGGUGUGUUUUCCGUUAUUCCGACCACAAGCACACAUUUGACGUCAAAGAUAGAAAAAUUGAUGAACCACAAACCUUGUGGUGUCUUAGCACACAAAGCCUGGUGCAUGUACUUAGGACCUUGUGAUGCCUUAGCACCCAAAACCUGUUGCAUGGCCUUAGGACCUUGUGACGUCUUAGCACCCAAAACCUGGUUCAUGUACUUAGGACCUUGUGCAUCCAUCACUUUGUAUCCACGCCUACAUAAGCUAAAUUGAAAUACGUUUGUAGAAAUGGUGCCGAUAUUUACCUUUUUAAAUAGUGCUAAUUUUGACCUUUAAGUAGUGCUGAUUUUCAUUUUUAAAUAUCACAGAAUUUUCUUUUGAGUGGGGUUGAUUUUCAUUUUUAUAUGAUUUUUUUAUAUGUGAUAUUUUAUGUUGAUUUUAAAUAGUGCUGACAUGUAUGUACUUUCAUAGAAUAUUUACUCUGGUUUGAAGUUUGUUUCUGAUGAAAAGUAUAUUUGUUUGCUUUGCCAUUUAAUGGUAAAUAAAGUUCCAUUAAUACC